AUGGUUGAGUUGGGCGGUGCUGGUCAUAACGAAUUCGACAUUGAAACAAUGCUCGAACCAAGGCCAGCCUCGGAGUUAAUGCAGGUGGCGCGAAAAAUAUCACCCAACGUGGAGCUGUAUAUUCCUCGGAACUCUCAGCCCGACCAGAUUCUUUCUCUGGCUAAUGAUGACGGAACCGUGGAGAUCGAGGAGAACUUCCUGGGCAGAGGGCUAGUAGCCAUAGAGAUUGGAUUGUAA